AGUCUGUUUAUAAAAAUGGCGUCGUCUGCUGCAAGUGCUGCGGUAAAAACUAGUUCAGUAGUUUCAAAAUACUUUUUGGGAAAAUGCAUGCCAAGUUUGAAAGAAAAUUCGGCAAAAAUUCGAAUACCAAGACUGGUCUUAGAUGAAUACUUGCACAUGUAUUUUAGAGAAUUUGAAUUCGUCUAUGCUCACGAUCCGAAGAAACUUUGCAAAACUGGUGACACGGUUUUAGUAAAAGCUUUACCUCAAAAAUUAACGCGUCUUAUAACUCACGAGGUCAUUGAAAUUGUGUAUCCUUUAGGAGACAUCGUUGAUCCCAUUACUGGAAAGAAAGUUGUCGCAGGAAAAUACAGAGAGGACUUGGAGACUGCACGUCGGUUGUAUGGAGCAACAGAAUCUGGUUUUGAUUACGAGAAGGCUCCUCCUCGAGGAAGUAUGGAGGGCAAACGUGACUUUACUCACAGACCGCACGAAGUUAAAUUUUAUGAGGGUCAACUCGACACUGUUUAAUUCAGCUGAACUCCGAUAUUUUAUUAGAUGAUUGUACAUAGAAGCUAAACAAAAGUUGAAUUCAAAGUUUUAAUAAUGAGGCAAGUUUUCAAAGAAA